AUGGAAACUCCCGAGUUUUUGGAAGAGAAAAGAGAUGAUGUGUUUUUUCUUACACGGCGAGACAAUGGGGACAGAAUUGAAAGAAAAAUACGAAGAAACCAAAUUUCUUUGGAGAGGCUUGCGAUAAUGUUUGAUGUAAGUAUUGAAAAUUAAAUGAUACAAUAUUUUAUCUGGUUUUGCAUAUGCUUUCAGAUUUAUAAUAUUCCAUUUAGAAUUUAUGAAAGAGUUUUAACGUACACUAUAUAAUGAAACUCUAUAUUUCCAUAUUAAAUAAUGAAAUAAUAUAUUAACAAUAACAUUAUUUAUUGUAUAAACCCAAAUUAUAUAAAUAUAGACAAUGACCCGUAUUCCUGUACAAUCUGCUUAAUUGUGUCGAUUUAAAUGUACAAGGUCAAUUAUAUUGGCUAGUGAGAAGGAAACCUUCCUAUUUGUAUUAAAUAUUCUAGUGAAUUUAUAAUAGUUUAUAGCCUAUGUUAAAUGUUUUAUAUAAAACUGAUCCUUUCUGCUCGCCAUAUGCUGCUUGCGUCCUUGUUGCCUUGGCAACAUCCAUUUUCGCGCGUUUUUCUAUUUUAUCCCUAUGUAUAUGUUGAUGUUCAUUAAUGUUCUGACAUCACACUACUGAAAAGAACGUUAGAGUUAAAAAGUCUUAAAGAAAUCAAUCUACAGGGUGUCGGAGUGGCUCUAGAGGUGGGGGGGGAGGUACAAUUAGCACCUGGAAAAGUGGGGUGACAUUCUAAGAGGUCCAGGGCAUGCCCCCAGGAAAAUUUUGAAACUAGAGUCUCUGACAUUCCAUCUCCUGCAAUAAUUGGGGGGGGGGGGUGUAUUCAAAUAUUCAUGUUCACAUAUACUAUAAAAACAAUCGCUUUCAAAAUAAAUCCAUCAGGCAGAACACGAAUAUAUGAAUAUGCACCCCCCCCAUAUAUAUAUAUAUAAUAUAUAUUAUCGGUUUAUAGCUACAGUACAUCUGUGAUCUCCUGCAGUUUAGAAGGUUCAUAGUGGUUCAACAUUACCUGUUCCCAAUCAUUGUUCCCUUUUGAUGAAUUAAGGACACUUGUGACCAAUUAGGGACAAAUUAAAUGUUUUGACAAAUCACUUGUAGCUUGAACCAUCGACUAUUUAUUUGGUUGAAGAAUUUGGGGAUGGGGCAUCAGAAUGGCCCAACUGUGAUGGGAGAUUCAACAUGGCAAUGUUCAAGAUGGGAUCAAAGUCUUCUUCAAGUCAAGCUGUCAGCCUAAAUAGCAGUUUUUGUAAUAUACAACAAAAGGGCAAUACCAGCGCAUCAUUUUCACCUUUGUUUCGGUAAGUCAAUUUACUUGACUAUGCAAAUUGACAGUCACAAUUUUUACUGUUUUAUCUCGUCCGUAUAAAAUUGGCAUUGUUUUGUUGAAUGAUCGACUACUUUGUUAAUUAAACAACUUUGGGUAUAAUGGUUUUUCUUAAUUAUUAGGGAGUGGUCGUUAUUUACGGGGAGGGGGGUAGUAAAUGGAAGGGGGGGAUGGUGUUUUACCCUUAUAAAUAAAGGGGGUCAAAAAGGUUUUAACCUAGCGAGAGGGGGUAAAAAAGUUUUUGAACUUAAAUAUCAUGUCUAGAGUUAUGAUUUCUACAAUCACAAAUAGCACAGACUCACAAAUCAUAAUGCCAAAGAGGACUCUGAAAAUGCCAUUUCCAAUGAACUACUUCUGAGACUCAAGAUUUCCCCGCUCAGCGCCAACCAUGGUUAGUAGUGUUUUGUGGGAGCCCGCGGCCCAGUAAGUUUAACAAGCUUCCUACCCCUUGAAUGACCCAGUUGUGGUAUUUACAUAAACAUACCAUGCAAGUACUAACUAAUCAGAUUCAGUCUAUCAAAGCACAAUGUAACUCGUAUAUCCAAAAAUCUGUUUAUGAAAAUGCUCACAUUGCAGUUCUAAAGGGGUGGGAAAAUACAAAAAAGUUUCGGGGGGACAAUACCCCCAGACCCCCUACUAGUACAUACGAUACCACACUAAACUUUUUGUCACCAACAACCAUCUAUCAUCUCUCCACACUCAGUGUAGUAUGGUUCCUUUUUGUAUAUGCCCCCCCCCCCAGACAAGUUCUUAAAAAUUCCCUGUUUUCAAAUAAUUUCACAGGCCAUGGGUUAUGGUAGGACAAAAGCUGCAUUGCAAAGUAGUAACACAUAAUAUAUAUUUUUUAGUCAUAUAUGGUUGAAUCAUAUUCACCAGGGUAAAACAUCAUGAGCUAGAUUAAACAGAUUGACGUCCUGACCCCCCACCAGUGUGGUAAAGUUUCCAAUUUUAGGGGGGGGGGCACGAAAAGUUUGCCUUCAGUCUGGAGGGGGGGUUGAAAAGUUUCCAAUCCUUAUUUUUCCCGUAAUUACCAACUCCCCCCCUCCCAAUAAAUAAUGACCACUCCCUAAAAGGGGGAGGGGUGAAUAGGUUUUCGAAUCGUCGGAUUUCGCCAAAAAAAAUUGUUCGAAUUUGGCGAAUAUUUUACACGGAUUUGCAAACCUUAUUAAUACAGCGGAUUGUGGAUUACCUAAUAUUUUGGCUUAGAUUGUGGAUUUUGCUUGCAAUUUAGUUCGGAUCCUGGAUUGUGACUAAAUAGUAGAGCUUUUAGCGGAUCCAAAAUUUAGACAAGAUCAUUGUCUGACAGAGAAUUUUGUUUCAAGUUUGGUAGGAUCGGUGGAUUUGUAUACCCCUAUUCACCCCCUCCCCUAAAUAUGGCCUACAGUAGUUAAUAUAUAAUUUCUAUCAGAGGGCUGGUUGGGUGACAGACAGCUAGGUUUACUGCUUAAUUGCGGUCAUGCUAAGACAGAACAAUUCUAAAAACUGUUGCCGGCAUACAGACACAACAUAACUUAAUAGAAUGUGUCUGCAUAUACAGUAUAUGUCCACAGGGAAAAUUAUUUUUCUUCAAUUUGUGCAUUAGCCUGUGUGCAGACUCUGUACCUAUGCAAAGGAUAUAAUUAAUUAUGUGUGCGAGUUUGCAAUAAUAUAAAUAUUAAAAUAUAAUGAAAGAUUUAUUGAAAUCUUAAUAUUAAUGUCUGUAUUUAAAUUUUAAUGACUUUUAGUUCAGUUGUUCCUGGCAAGAAGAAAGUCAGUUAUACUCUUAAAGUUACACUAGCAGAAAGAAGUGGAAACAAAAUUACCAACCCUACAAGACAGACAUAUAUUAGUUUGAGUGAAGAAACAGCUUGUGUUGAUUACAUCGUUAGUUACUGCAAACAAGAGUUUGAUAAUGACUCGCUGAUUUUGGUCUCAGCAAAUUGUUUGCCAGUAGAGGAUUCUGAA